UGUCAAUCGUGGAGCUCCGGUCUGUAGCCACGCCCAUUGGCGGUUCCUGUUACACCAGGAGGCGGGAGCGCGCGAACUUUCAGCUCGAAGAGAAGAGAAGGGCGAGGAACCAUCAGAAUGAGGACGGGUGAAGGAAGUUGUGGGGAUGGAACAUCUUUAGAAGCAACCCUUCCAGAAGUGAGCAUCAUUGUAAUUAGCGAUGAUGAGAGUGACGUGUCCGCACUUGGCAACUCUGUCCUGCUAAUUGAAGAUACUCCUGAAAGUUUCUUCACACCAGAGAAGAGGAAGUUGGAAGUGCUGGAUGAUGAACUUGCAAUAACUUAUAGUAAAAAGCCUCACGUGAUGCCACACGCCAGAUACGACUGCACUUUACAUCCUUUCACGCGUGUGGAGCAGGAGACUGAUGUCCCGUUGGAGGAGAAUUCCAGCUCCUGUGGAGAAUGUUAUUGCUACCUGUGUGACAAGCUUGCUUCAGAGUGUUCCUCAUGGACGUGUCCCUCAGACUGCCAUUGUAAUGCCCACAACAAGAGCAAAUACUGGAAAGAGCGCCGAGACAUGGCUUUAGCUGGUAUCCUUACCAUCUUCAAGCUGGAUCUUACAGAGAUAGAUACUGAGCUUAGGGAAGGAGGAAACCAGCUGAACAACUUCCUAUUGGAGCUCUCACCAGUGCAGCAAAAGUACAGGGAUGGUACGUUCAUGAUGCUGGACAACAAGUGUUUAUGUGCGUGCCACCGUGACAAGAAGCCCAAGUGUAACUUAUGCAUCAUGGUCCACAAACCAAUGCGUGUGCACAGUUACUUGCCAGUAUACGAGCUGGUGACUGAAUUCUUGAACAAAGCUGAACAUGAACACCCAAGGACUGCUGCUGUGAUGUUACUCGGUGCUGCCAGAGAGAUUCUUAUGGAGAAGAUUUUGAUGAACCCAGUCCAAUUCUAUGAUGCAUCCACCAGCAUUAUUGAAUCUUCGGUCGCCCUAAUGUCAAGGAUUGUGGCUACUUUACAAAGGCUUCUGGUUUUAGAAGAUUAUCCAAGGAACCUCUAUGAGAAGUUUAUUAUAUUUUUUCAGUCCAUCCCAUUACCUCGACAUUGCUGCAAUUUUUUAAACAGCCUGAAUAUCUUCCGAUGGGAUAACCUUUUCCUCACAUCGGUGCUGGCUGGUCAGAAUUUGUCAGGAAGCAGGGUGGUAAAAGGCAAGCGAGAAAACUUGUGUGAGCCGCUGCCGGUGGUGCAGUCCAGGGUGAAGAAGAUGGAGAUGGACCAAAGUUACCGGCAGUUAGUACGUUACCUGACUGCAGUGAAAUGUCCAGACCAGGCUGGCUUGUUCUGCCUGAAGCAGAAGAUGGCCUUCUACAUGUGCAAGUUUGGCAACUUCGCUCAAGCAGCUCUCUUUCUGCUGCAGACCAAGGGAAUGCAGUGUUCUGUGGCCUCAAUUCUCACACCGGACCAGUAUGAACUCUACCUUACUAUGCUGCACACCAAUAGUUGUCCACCAGGGAAGGAGCCAGUAGCGGGUGAAGUGUGGAUUCCAUGUGAAGGUCCUCCACUAAAGGCUGGGGUUUUCCUACGAAUAGCCCUUCGAAUCCUGCUCUGCAAUAAUGCAUUUAUACAUGAGGUCAGGUGCUGGAGUACGGUGGUCCGCAUCUGGAGUACCAGUGACUGUUUGUCAAAGGACGGGAAGCUAAUGCCAAGGGUUAUCCCCGAACCUGAUAAAGAUUUUCAGAUGAUGCUGCUAGAUAUGUCGUGUCCAAUUCUGGAUGAGCUGCAGAGACACAAUAUGCCAAACUUACCGCCUCCAUUUCAUCAGCCUCAUAGGGUUUCUGCGGAGUUCAUAAUGAUUGUUCAAGCUGUCACCCGCUUUAUGCUGUCUGCAGCUCUUCCUCUGCCUCCCAUGUUGGAACUGGUCUUCGCCUUUGGGUCAAACCUCUGGGCCCUGGAGCUACUUAUUCAGAACAUCAUGCCUAUGAACUCAUUGCUGCUGGCAUUCAUGACAAACAUUCAAAAGGAGAUGAAUGACAACGAACAGCAAGUGUUAAACACACUGGACUAUCGCGGUGGCGUUUUUGCUGCAAAUUUCAUAUCUGUUUUUUUGCUGCAUGGAUGUGGACCUGUUCAGAUUUUCGGCCACCGGAUGAUCGAUAUGUUGAUCAAAAAUGUAACGAGGUUUAAUUGGACUGCAGAUGUUGGCUACGCCUUAAAGAGCAAAGUAUGCAGCACGAAGUCACGCUUGUAUAUCUACAAUGAGACGCAAAUGAAACUUCUGCUAACCAAACUAGGAUGUUUGACUGGAAAGAAGUAACCCUCCCCAGUGAGGUGUAUACAGAGACUGCUACCUUCCCGGACAAUGGUACCUUCCAGGACACCAAACUAACUUUUCCAUAUAAAAGUUGAGUUUUAUUAUGUGAAAUUUGCACUUUUUACUAUUGUGCCUUAUGAGUUCAUUUCUCUAGGACCAUUAGGCCUUGUGAUAGUGGCUGAAGACCUCUUGUUCACCAUAGACUUCCAUCAUUUUUUAUUGACAUUUCCAAGGCAUUAUUGGAGCAACCGAUAAAGUCAAUAGGUAUGUUUGCCUUCCGGUGCUUUCCAUCACUAAGCCCAUUGUGUUCCGUCUGUCCUCAUGUCUCCGGCUCUAGCAGUGAGGUUCACUUGCCGCGGUUUUGCUCAAUUUCCCUCUAAGAAGGCCGAUUGACGGCGUCGCUUAUGACAUUUUCUCUGAAUUUAGAAGGAUUUGACAAGGAAGUGCAACGCAAUUUAUUUUAAUUUUUUUUUUUUUUUUCCUUUAUGACUGAUCUUUUCAAUGUAAUCAUAUUCAUCUGCGAUUCAUCUUGCCAGCUACCAUGUUAAAAUGGAAAUGUUGUUUUUGCAUAUUGGUGACCUUAAAUGGGUUGUAAAGGUUCGUUUUUUUUAUUUUCUAAAUAGGUUCCUUUUAAGCUAGUCCAU